UUGGAAGAAAUGAAGCUUUGCGCAGAUAUUCGCCCUCUAGGAAUCAUGCUUUUUCCCACACUGACCGCUGUUCUUAUCUGUACUGCACUAUUCACUGUUAUGACGCGUCCUGUGUGUAGCGAAGAAAGCCAGAGUUCAAUUUCCAGUUUGGCUCCAAAGAUUACAGAACUGAAGCUGAAACUUCACCAUAUGCUGGAAGGAUCACGAAUCAGAAAGAAAAGACAGCUUUUUGAUAACGGAUUCUCUGACAAUCAAAUGCGUGUUGGAAGUGCAGCUGCAGAAUAUCUUCCUUACUUGUCAAAUUAUAAUUUGACUUUUUGGAUUCCGGUUCGUCAUUAUUCUGAAAAUCAAAUGCUCUUAGGGACUGAACAAGGACACUUAAUUUUAUAUCAGUUGUCGGACUACGACGAUAAAGUCGCGAAUUCUGUUGCCUUGUCUUUAGAGGAAGAAGUUGCCGUUAAAGCAAAGGCAUUUUCGUACUACGACGAGCAAUGGUUUGUGGUUCUCCAUCAACAAACAGGCAGGACGAGGCUUAGGAUGUAUGUAAAAUUUGGUCGAACGCUUGAAGGACGACAGAGUAUAGACUUGGAUGGUGAAUCUGAUUUUGAUCUCGUAACAAUUCGAAGAGUGCAUUAUCUUGUCGUAGUUACCUACCAGGCAUCCGGUAAGUCAAGGCUUUACACACCAAGCUAAAGUUGUGCUUUACGAAUGGAGACAAACUCAGUUUGACGAAAUAGCCUCACGUACUUCAUAUGGUGCACGUUCAGUUGCUUGCUGGGCCCUCGAUGGAAGUCUCUAUAUGGCUGUUGCUCAAGAAGUAAACGAUGAUAGCAAUUACCGCAUUGGUUCUCCUAUUUACAUCUACAAUUCUAAAGCGGAAAACAGGUUAGUCCUUCGGGAAGUCCUCAGUACUUACGGGCCCCAAAAAGUUCUACAUUUUUAUGUUGCCGGAAAUAGAUACAUUAUCUUUAUUGGAAGAGAUGAUGCAAUCAUUUUUUGGUGGACAAAUGAUCAAUUUCUUCAGUGGCAAACCAUUCCUGAAACGGCAGGUGCUUCUGAUGUAUACAUUUUGUCUUUACCAAAUGGAGAAGUUGCAAUAGUUAUAACACGCAUGGAGGAAGUGCUGUUCUUGACUCUUGAUUCCUCUGGUCAUUAUUUCGUAUCUUGGGUACUGCAGUUUCCUGAAACUACACUAAGCUCUUUACAUGUCAUGUUCAGCGGUAAAGCAUAUUAUGCUUUGGUCCGCUUUGCUACUACAACCAAAUACUAUCCUUCAGUAUGGAGAUUGACUUUGGACACAUUUCAUAUGCCUACUGGUUCAUCAUUAGAUGCCUUGCAGGAAUGUCUAAAAUCCGUCAAUGAAAUACUGGUUGAAAGACAAACUGAACUGGAUGUGGUCAGUAAAGAUCUGGACAGAAUAUGGACAAAAGGUGCUAACCAGAAUAUCUCUACAAGCGUUAUCGUGAAAGGUAAAUAA